AUGAAAUCGAGAACUGAAAUACCAAUUUCUAAUUAAUUAACACCUUAUUUAGCCAAUUUAUAAGAUAAAUAAGAUAGAGUAUUAAGAUUACUAUUAAAAAAAAAUAACUAAUUAGAGUUCAAAUAAAUAAAAGUUGUAUAAAAAUAAACAUUAAAACAUAAAUCACAACAUCUAUAAUUGCCAUAAAUAUAGACUUCAGAUUUAAAUGAUAAUAAAGAAAGAAAAUAUAGAAAAUAUAAAAAUUUUUAUUAUUCAGAUUAAAAAUCACAGUAACAGGAAUAUAAUUUAGAAUCAAGAGUAUAGGAAAUUUUGGAUAAAAUAUGUCAUGUAAGGAAAAAAUAGAUCAAUGAUUUAAGACCUGAGUCAAAUCUGAUGAAGAGAAAAGGUUAUUCUGUUGAUUUACCAAAAUAACAUCCUUCUAUUUUAUAACAGAGAUAAAAAAGUGUUUAGCAAAAUUCAUUUAAUUAUUUCUUAUAGCCUACUCAAUUAAAUUCUGAGUCAGAUUGGCUAGAAUUUGUUUUUGGUUGA